AUGUCCAAUUUGAAAGAAAGUAUUAAUGAAAAUGUAAAUGUUCCACAAGGUGAAACAGCUGUGUGUCAAAAUACAAUAACAACAGAUCCUCUCGGUCCAUGCUUGUUCGUUCUCAUUCGAUGUUUACGUAAAGAAAGAAGACUUUGUUUAUUGUACCAUCAUGAUUUUAACAAAUAUGAUGAUAGUGGUAAGCCACAAUUAAUAAUUCUUAAAGAAUUCUUGAUGAUGAUUUGUGAUGGUUUCAAAACAGAUCUUGGUAUGACAUCAUUAAUACCAAAUUGUCCACCAGGAAAUUCAGGUGUUAAGGAAUGUUUAUUAGCAAUAGGUGGUGGUGAAAUUUAUGAAGCCGAACAACAUAAUACUGGUGAAAAGCUUGAUUAUGCAUAUUUAGAAUUUCAAUAUUCAUACUUACCCAGAUCGGACGAUACGGUUACUUUACGGACCGUAUUACGGCCAUCUCUUGGAACAUUACCACAACUUGAAAGACUUAAUGAAAUUCGAUCAAUGAUUCCAUCUAAUGCAUUGUAUAUUAAUCCUGAAGUUGGUAUUAAUAGAUUCAGUCGUAUUGAUCAACUUAUAUUUCGAUGUGCAAUUGAAGAAAGUGUUGAAGUUGCUGCUAUUAAUGAUCCAUUUAUUCCUGUUGAUUAUAUGGCUUAUUUGGUUCAAUAUGAUUCAACAUAUGGUAAAUUUAAAGAUGCUGAAUAUAUUGUUGAAUUAACUGGUGUAUUUACAACAAUUGAUCAAUGUCAAUCACAUUUACAAGCUGGUGCUAAAAAAGUUGUUAUUACAGUAUCAUCAGCUGAUGUUCCCAGCCAAUUAAACGAUCAGCAAUUUGUUGAAUUUGUUGAACAUUGA